GCGUCGCGUCAGCGGGAAGUCACGCACGCGCAAUCCAGGCCACAGGAGUAAAGUCUCUCCGCCUGUCUCUGGGAAGGGAGAAUGGCGGCGCCCGGGCUGCGGCUGGGAGCGGAAAGGCUCUUUGAAAUGCCUGCGGUGCUAGAGCGACUGAGCCGCUCUAACAGCACGUCCCAAGCUUUUGCUGAGGUGCUGCGGCUGCCGAAGCAGCAGCUGAGGAAGCUGCUCUACCCGCUGCAGGAAGUAGAGCGGUUCCUCGCCCCUGACGGGAGGCAAAACCUUCACCUGCGUAUCUUUGACCCGAGCCUGGAGGACAUAGCGAGGGCAGACAACGUCUUCACGGCCACUGAACGGAACCGCAUCGACUACGUCAGCUCCGCGGUCCGUAUCGACCACGCCCCGGACCUUCCGCGGCCUGAGGUGUGUUUUAUCGGCAGAAGCAAUGUUGGAAAAUCAUCUCUGAUCAAGGCUUUAUUUUCACUGGCCCCUGAGGUUGAAGUCAGAGUCUCCAAAAAACCAGGACACACAAAGAAAAUGAAUUUUUUCAAAGUUGGAAAACAUUUUACAGUGGUGGACAUGCCAGGUUAUGGCUAUAGAGCACCUGAAGAUUUUGUUGACAUGGUAGAGACGUAUCUAAAAGAACGAAGGAACUUGAAGAGAACAUUUUUAUUAGUGGAUAGUGUUGUUGGAAUUCAAAAAACAGACAAUAUUGCCAUAGAAAUGUGUGAAGAAUUUGCAUUACCUUAUGUGAUUGUAUUAACAAAAAUUGACAAAUCUUCCAAGGGACAUCUUUUAAAACAAGUGCUUCAGAUCCAGAAAUUUGUUAACACGAAAACUCAAGGAUGUUUUCCUCAGUUGUUUCCUGUAAGUGCUGUGGCCUUUUCUGGAAUCCAUCUGUUGAGAUGCUUUAUAGCCAGUAUAACAGGAAAUCUUGACUAAUGGUUCCCAGAAGAUUAAAAAAAAAAAAAAAAAAGCUUUAUGCUAACUGGGAGUUAAAUACCUAGAAGAAUUUCAACAUUGUUUUAAAUGUUGUGCAUCUGUAACUUCAGGAGGAUCACUUCAGCUUUAAAACCUGCACCUUCUCAAAACAAGAAUUUGUGCCUGGGGGAAAAAAGUUUGUAAGUAAUUGAAUUACGGUGUUCAUAAGAACAGCUACUAGCUGAUUCCCCUGUUUUAACAAACUGACAAGCAAGAGCACAUCCAUAAAAUGAAAACCUGUUACAACUAUGUACAGAAGGAUCUGACGUUUUAUUGGGCUUUUGCCUUUUAACGAAUAUGUCUACUACGUGUAUUUUUUUUAAAUGUUAAAAUGGGCUAGGUAAAAGUGGGCUGCUUUUCUGUUAAGCAUCGAUAGGUAAGUUGAUGGAUAAAUGUUACUAUGUAAGCCUA